AUGCUUCCACGUUUAGCUCUAGCUGCUUCCCUCCUAUGGGCAUCUAAGGCCCUCGCUGGCUACCAAGCUAGUGCAUCAGACAACAUUGCUAUCUACUGGGGGCAAAACUCGGCUGGUGCCGCCGACGCUGGCAAAUCCCAGAAGUCACUUUCCGAAUACUGCACCAGGGCCGAAGUUGACAUCAUUCCCGUGGCCUUCGUGUCUAACUUCAACCCCAUACAGUUAGACUUGACAAAUAUGGCCGAUGAUAAGAACAUGGCUGAGGAGAUCACCACGUGCCAGAACGCCGGUAAGACUAUAUUACUAUCCAUCGGAGGAGCUACGUUUACUUCGGGGCCUUCGAGCCCACAAGAUGCUCAAUCUCUGGCCGACCAAAUUUGGGCAAUGUUCGGCCCCCCUGGUAAUGGAGACGGCGGUAACCGUCCUUUCGGUAACGCAGUUGUCGAUGGCUUCGAUCUCGAUAUCGAAGCCCCGCUCCCAAACAUGGCACCCUUCGCUGCGCGAUUACGCGAGAAUAUCGACAAGGCCAACGCCGGCGGCAACCGAAAGUUCUACCUCUCCGCGGCGCCUCAGUGCCCGUUCCCAGACUAUAACAACCAGGCCAUGCUGCAGGGCGACGGGGCCGUAGCCUUCGACUUCGUUAUGGUGCAGUUCUAUAACAACCGCAAAUGCGAUAUCCGAGUCUUCAACGGCCCCGGUUCCGAUCCCGUCUCAACACGAGAUACGAACGACCCUAUGAAGACAGGCUUCAAUAUGGCUCAGUGGGACGAGUGGGCGCGCACAAGCAAGAACCCCAACGCCAAGGUAUUCCUCGGCAUCCCAGGUGGCCCCACGGCCGUGACCCCGUCCGAAAAGGCGUCGUACAAGGCACCAAAUGCUUUAGGCCCCAUCAUCGCCUACAGCAAGCAGUUCUCGAGUUUUGGCGGGGUCAUGAUCUGGGACAUGUCUCAGGUCUGGGCCAACCCCAGCUUCCUAGAUGCCAUCUCCAAAGAUGUCAAGUGUCCACCUAAAGGGAAUGCUGCGCGAUCUACUAGCGCUGCUACCCAGAUGAUACGACGAACGCAUCAACGAGAGUGGCAGUCAUGA